AUGAAUUCUAUGAAAGGAGAUACAAGUGUCGAUCCGUUAUUACCUCACUUGAUUGGAAGUAAAGAUCGUAAUAAACCACAAUAUUAUGAAAAAUUAAUAUUUCCAAUUGGUCCUUUUGUCAUCGAAACGGAAAUACUAUUGAAGAGUUACUUGAAUUAUUUGGGUGAAUCCAUGGAGACCC